AGUACGAUAUUGGAUCCCGAUGAAAAUUAUCGAGAUUGGACGCAAGCGUCGUCGCGACGGUAUAAAUGAGAGUGACAGUGACAGUGACAGUGACCGUCGGUUAAAGCAAUACAGAACUCAGUCAUAAAUUUUAAACUUUACACCGAAUUAUUUAUUUUUCCUAUCAUUUGUGCAUUAAAUUGAAACUGAAAUUUGCUGAAGCAAUGUUAAAUGUAAUGCAAUGCAAGCAAUGUUAAAUGUAAUGUCCGGGAAGUAGAAGGCAAGAGCGUUGUUAGCGAAAAUCCAAAGUGAAUCAGUAUAAACACGUCAUAUAAAAAAUGUUGAGAAAGCCAAGUACAUAUAUGAACACAUUUUAUAUAUUAUUAUAAGUAUGUGUGCAUUUGUAUCCUCAGUGCUAUUAAGAAUUCUUAGAACAUGUUGCAGUUGAUGAAGUUUUAAGUGAUGCACACAUUGCCAUGUUUAAGUUAAUUAGCAAAGUUCAAGAUUUUAUUGAUAACGGUUAAAGUGGUUGAAAUAAAUAUCCAUUUGUGUUAAUAAUAAGGAACCCUAACGUAAAAAACACUUAUGUUCAAUUGUCGUUAUGAAAUCGAUGAACCGAUAGACACAAUUUUUCCACAAUUAGAAUGGAGCUGUUCAUCUAUAUUGUACCUUCAAUUCUACAAUGGUUGUGUAUUUACGGACCCGCGACAGCCGAUCAUUUAUACGGUCUGCAUUCCGACGAGUUAAAAUCGGGCACAAUUGUUAUUCCAAAACGAGUGAAUGAAAACGGCAGUUUUUUAACUUUCGAUUUGGCGUAUCGACAUGAUCAGAAUUAUCAUCAUGAACAUAGCCGACGCCGGCGAAAUAUUGCUAAAACUCUCAGUAAAAUUCAUUACCGGUUGGAUAUGGAUAACGGAACCAUGCAUCUUGAUUUAGAACCUCAUACUUAUUUUCUUGCACCGAGCUUGAUAAUCGAGAGGCAUCGGCGCGAUAUUCGUACGCGUCAGACGGCUGUUCCAAACACUGACUGUCAUUUUCAUGGAAAAGUACGUGGACACGAGGACUCUAAUGUGGCGAUAUCAACUUGUGAAGGAUUGGUUGGUCAUAUAAAGACGAAACGUCAUGAAUACUAUAUUGAGCCUUCGAAGAACGAUCCAGCUGACAAUUCAAAUGGGCAUCCUCAUGUUUUAUUUCAAAGAUCGUCUUUGAAACCAAAGAAGCACUACGCAAACUAUAAACAGCGAGAAGAAUUGAUUAGCAACUGCGGUACUAAGGAACCGAAAAGAUAUAGUGGGACACGUCUAGAAUGGCAAGCGCAUGGGAAAGUUAAAAUUCAAGGCGGUCGAAAGUUAAGACACAAAUAUUCAUUCCGCUCAUACCAUCGCCAUCACCAACAUUCAAUACAAUGCAUACAAGGAAGAUAUCCUAGGAAGUUGAAUCAGUCUUCACGAAUUAAAUUCAAAUAUGAGACAGCUUCAGAUGACAUUAAUACAGUCGGUGGCACCAAUUUUCCGUUUGAUUCCACGUUGCAAAGUCGUACUGUUACCACAGACGAUGAGAGAAUCAAUAUUGACAAAAACAUUGUAAAUACGAAGGACGUGAAUCGCAGAAAACGUUCCAUUAGCAGUCCACGUCAUGUAGAAGCGCUGAUAGUGGCGGAUGCAACCAUGGUCGCAUUUCAUAGCAAACUGGAGACAUAUAUACUCACUAUAAUGAAUAUGGUAUCGGCGCUUUACAAAGACCCCAGCAUAGGCAAUUUAAUUGAAAUUGUUGUCGUCAAAAUUAUUUUGUUUGAGGAGCAUGAAGCUCAUCCCGAUUUAAAUCUUACGCAAAAUGCGCAAAAGAAUUUGGAUAAAUUUUGUAGAUGGCAGCACAAAUUGAAUACGGCCAAUGAAAAUGAUCCAUAUCAUCAUGAUGUUGCGAUACUUAUAACGCGCACGAAUAUUUGCGGCAACAACUGCAUGACCCUCGGUUUGGCCAAUGUGGGUGGUAUGUGUAAGCCGAAGCAAUCGUGUAGCGUUAACGAAGACAAUGGCAUCAUGCUUUCGCAUACGAUUGCACAUGAAUUGGGACACAAUUUCGGCAUGUUCCACGAUACAGCGAAAACUGGCUGCCAUCCUCGAGUAGGUUCAAUAGUUCACAUAAUGACACCGACUUUUGGCGCAGAUACUUUACAAGUUUCCUGGUCGAAUUGUAGCCGGAAGUAUAUUACACAAUUCCUCGAUCAAGGUUUCGGCGACUGUCUAGAUGAUGCACCCACUCCCAAACGAAAAUAUGUUUAUCCAGCCUUACCUCCAGGAGUACUAUUCGAUGUCGAAACGCAAUGUCGUCUACAGUUUAAUCUAACGGAAGCCGACGUCAAUGCAUCGUCGUGCACAUCUAUGGAUGAAAUUUGCUCAACAUUGUGGUGCAGAGUCAAUGGCGAAUGCAUAACAAACUUGCGUCCUACAGCGCCGGGAACAAGUUGUGGUGAUGGAAAGGGAUGUCAUAACGGAAAGUGUAUACCAAAUGAACAAGCUCACCCUAUUAAUGGCAGUUGGGGGGCAUGGUCUAAGUGGAGCGAUUGUUCGAGAACAUGUGGCGGAGGUGUGUCAACACAAAAACGUGAAUGCAACAAUCCGGUGCCCACGAAUGGCGGUCUCUUUUGCAUUGGUGAAAGAAAAAGUAUUUGCAGGUAUAAGAUAUGUAAUCAUCAACCAUGUCCGGUGGGUGAAGUCAGUUUUCGGGCUCACCAAUGUUCCAAAUAUGACAAUGUGUACUACCAAGGCUCAAUGUACAAAUGGUUACCAUUCUUCGAUAAUAAAAAUCCUUGUAAGCUGCUGUGCACUGAUGUUGACGAUACCAUCAUUGCAAAUUGGGGAGACACAGUGAAGGAUGGGACGCCUUGUGGUGUUGGCACCAACAAUAUGUGCAUCGAUGGAAUAUGUAAGAAAGUCGGAUGUGAUUGGGUUUUGGACUCCAACAUGCGAGAAGAUCAAUGUGGAGUGUGUGGUGGAAAGAGCGAUCGAUGUAAAUUGAUAAAAGACGUAUUUGAGCAGAACUUUAAUAUAACUGAUGGGUACGUAGAGAUUGUAACAAUUCCCACGAAAGCCCGACAAAUUAUAAUAAAAGAAAUAAGCACUUCGAAAAUAUUUCUCGGCCUUUCAAUGGCGAAUAGUAGUUAUUUUUACCUCAAUGGUGAUGGACUUAUAUCUAUGCCAGGAGAGUUCAGAAUCGCAGGAACGGAGAGUUUAUAUGAUCGAGUAGAUGGGCAAGAGAUCAUAAAAAUACCUCAACCGAUUGAAAAUGCUAUAACAGUACAUGCAAUAAUUCGUGGGGACGGAUUGAAUACCAGCAUUUUUUAUGAAUUUGCCUUGCCCGCGCUAAAUAACUCGCAAGGAGUACGGUAUUCAUGGAAGUUGAGUGAUUGGACCGAUUGUACCAGCAGUUGUGGAGGCGGAGUGCAAUAUAGAAUAGCACAAUGCUAUGCAGAUGGAGAAUGGACACCUAGUGCCGAAUAUUGUUGGACUUUUGCGCAAAGCAAGAGGCCAUCGCGCCGUAUACGAGUUUGCAAUAGACAUCAAUGUCCGGCCCAUUGGUGGACGGGUCCGUGGCAAUACUGUCCAGUUACUUGCAAAUGGUCAGACGACUUGGCGCCUGCACGGCGUCGCACUGUCAUGUGUUUGGAUCAAAAUGAAGUUGUUGUCGAGGAUGACCGCUGCAAUAUUGCAUUAAAACCUCCGAGCACAGAACCCUGCAGGCAUAAUUUACCGAAGUGUAAAGUAAGCAAUAAUAUAGAAAAUGUUGUUUUGCAAAUGCAAAACCUAUAAAGUAUUAGUAAAUUAGUAUUCACAACUUCCGCCGAACAAGUUAAUUACAUGCAAUUAUAUAAAUAUAGUAAAUAGAUUUAUAUUGUUUAUAAAAUUAUUGAUGUUUACUUUUAACAAAGAUGUGUUUGUAGGUUUUCAAAAAUCGUUGUAAUAACUCGUGAUAACUUUCUUGUACUUACAUAAUUUUUUUCACAACAAUAAAAUUGUAUAGUAAUUUA